AUGUAUCCCCGCAAAACAAUAUUCGCGGAGAAGACUUCGUUUAAUUCAAAUCUGUUCAAGAUGACCCAACGGUUGGAAGCGCAAGGGAGAAAAAGUUCGGAGAGAAGUCAUAUGUGGGAUGAUGGAUCUGACCAUGAUGGUGUAAUAAAGAUCAUUGUACGAGGUGACUCUAGAGGCAUACAAUACAUCUGGUUUGACUAUCACAAGAGUGGGAAAUCGGGAGAAGGAUCUUACCAUGGUUUACCGGAUCCAGGUUUUACCCAAACGUUUAAGAUUAACCAUCAGAACGAUGAGCAACUUGAAUCUGUUGAGGGUUACUAUGAACCUAAGGUUGGUUUGAUUCAAGGGAUUCAAUUCAAAACAAACUUGAGGAUUUCUGAAAUGAUAGGGUUUGAAAAAGAUGGUACUAAGUUUUCACUAUCUGUGGUCGGAAAGAAGAUCAUCGGGUUCCACGGAUCUACCUCCGUAUUCCUUCAGUCUCUUGGAGCAUACUUCACUUGGAUCACUCCAACUAGAUUAGAAGCGAAAGGAGGACAGGGAGGCAAGGAGUGGAAUGAUGGAGCCGACCAUGAAGGUGUUACAAAAAUCUAUUUACGAGGUGGUCGCGAUGGUAUACAAUUUAUUAAGUUCAAUUAUGUCAAGAAUGGACGACAAAUAUAUGGGUCGGACCAUGGUGUCUCGGGACCUGGUGGCUACACGGUGCCGAUUGAGAUCAACCAUCUUAACCAGGAAUAUUUGGUAUCUGUUGAAGGUUACUUUGAUUCCGGGGUUAUUCAAGGACUUGAAUUCAAAACUAACCUCACGACUUCAGGCCUGAUAGGAUUCAAUACGGGCAUAAAGUUUAGAAUCGCAGGCAAUGGAAAGAGAAUCAUUGGGUUUCAUGGAUAUGCUGAGAAGAAACUAAUCUCUCUUGGAGCGUAUUUCGCAGCCUCUCCUAUCACUAAAGUGGAAUACAGAGGUGGAACUAAUAGAGGUGAACUUUGGGAUGAUGGUGCCUUUGAAGGCGUAAGAAAGGUAUACGUUACGUCUAAAAUAAAUGAUUUAAGGCGUGUCAUGUUCUACUACGAGAACGGAGGCAAAAUAAAAAGGACGCAGCACGGAUAUCUUGAAGGACAAGCAGGCGAAUUUGAGGUGGACUAUCCAAAUGAAUUUAUCACAUCUGUGGAGGGGACUCUGUAUACCAUUGGAGAUAUUUAUGCUUCAGUUGCGUCCUUGACCUUCAAAACAUCAAAAGGGAGAACUUCUUCGACGUUUGGAAAUGCAACUACUAAUAAAUUCGUGCUAGAGAGAAAAGGCUGUGGCCUUGUUGGGUUCCAUGGACGGUCUACUGGUGCUCUUCACGCUAUUGGAGCAUAUUUUCGUCCACUGCCUCCUCCUCCUGACGGGGUGAAAGUAGAAGCAAAAGGUGGUGAUGGAGGAGCUUCUUGGGACGAUGGUGGUUUUGAGGGUGUUAGAAAGAUAUACAUUGGACUAAGCCAAAACGCUGUAUCCUUCAUCAAGUUUAUGUAUUACAAAGACGCUCGUAUGGUCUUUGGAGAUGAUCAUGGGAACAAAACCUUAUUUAAUGACAAAGAGUUCGAGCUGAACUAUCCAAUUGAAUAUGUCACAUCAGUGGAGGGUAGUUAUGAUAAUAAAUCAGGAGCUAUAACCAUGCUUAGGUUCAAGACCAACACACAAACCUCUCCAGACUUUGGACUCGGUACUGCUACAGAUUUAAGCUUUGAACUCCACAAGGUUGAUCACAAGAUCGUAGGGUUCCAUGGAAAAUCCAGUGGCAUGCUUCUCCAUAAGAUCGGUGUCCAUAUGAUCCAACGGUUGGAAGCGCAAGGGCAAAGUAAUUCGAGUACAACUGAUCGUUGGGAUGAUGGAUCUGACCACGAUGGUGUAAUAAAGAUAAUAGUAGGAGGUGACUCAAGAGGCAUACAAUUCAUCUGGUUUGACUAUUACAAGAGUGGAAAAUCGGGAGCAGGGUCAUAUACAUACCGUGGUUCACGGGACCAGGGUUUCACUCAAACGUUGGAUAUCAACCAUCUGAACGAUGAACAACUUGAAUCUGUUGAGGGUUACUAUGAACCUCUCUCGAGAGUGAUUAAAGGGCUUCAAUUUAAAACCAACUUGAGGAUUUCUGAACUAAUAGGGUUUGAAAAAGAUUGUACCAAGUUUUCUCUAUCUAUGGUCAGAAAGAAGAUAAUCGGGUUUCACGGAUCUACCUACAGUGCCCUCAACUCUCUUGGAGCAUACUUCACUUGGAUUACUCCAACUAGAUUGGAAGCGAGAGGUGGACAGGGAGGCAAGGAGUGGAACGAUGGAGCCGAUCAUGUAGGUGUUACAAAAGUCUAUGUACGAGGAGGAGGAGGACCAGGUGCUCUUGGUGGUAUACAAUUCAUAAAGUUCAAUUAUGUCAAGAAUGGACAACAUAUAUAUGGGCCAGCCCAUGGUGUCUCUGGAGCUAGUGGUUACACGGUGCCGUGUUGA